AUGGCUUUUGAUCGAGUUCUUCCCAAGCCCCCUGCUUUACGAUAUGAUCCUUCUUUGGCCACGCUACCUCCAUCAACCGGUAGUCUCCUUGACCAUAAGAUCAUGAACGACGGUUACUCGAAAAUGCCUGUGAUGGGCCAUCACCAUGGCGAUGUCGCUUCGUUCGUAGCGCCUCGCCGGUGGGCUGACAGCUUCACCUAUACGCAUAGGGCCCACAAUCGGCACAAGAUAGCCAUGAACAAAACUGUACCUUCCCUAGAGGCCUCGAAACCACCGACUUUUUUGGGCACCAAGUCGACUCCUCUACGCGAACGGUCUUCCGUAUCAGAGCGCUCAUCCUCGUCCAGCCCAGUCAAAGCCGUGGCUCCGACCACGAGAGAAUCAGCGGCCAACUUUUGCCUAUGUCAGCCAGAUCCGAAGAUCCCCAGACCCAGGAACGCAUUUAUCUUGUAUCGUCAACAUUGGCAAGCAUCAGUCGUGGCCCAACAUCCGGGGCUAGCCAAUCCUGAAAUCUCUAAGAUCAUCGGGGAGCAGUGGAGAAAACUGCCCCAGGACACCAAAGACACAUGGAAGGCUCUAGCAGAGGAAGAGAAAGCCCGCCAUCAGCAGCAGUAUCCGGAGUACAGAUAUCAGCCUCGUCGCUACGGCCGCGAUGGGAACUCCCGUAACGCCAGCUCUGGCAUUAGCCAUAACCCGCCCGGCUCCACAGUCUGCAGCCGGUGCGGUGGCCGAGUUAUGAACCCGCCCGUAUCACCGGACGCGCCGCCUUUUACCCCCAGCACCUCGGGGUUCAAUAGCGUCUCUCCACAGGUCGAGACUGUCGCCGUGCGCAGCAGCCAGGCUCGGUCCAAAGACAUGGAUCGAGCCCCAAGUGUGGUCCGGAUCGCUCCCACCGGGGAGUCACAGUCACCUCGUCAGCGUCAUUUUGAGGAGAGUGGCAGCCGGUCUCCGGAUAGCAAGCGCCGCCGAUUUAAUCCCCAGGUUUCUUUCAAAAACAACAUUCAACGUGACCGGAGCCCUGAUUCUGCAUAUCCCGUCUCUCCUUACACACCUCACUCGACUGUCUCUGAUACAAGAGGGUUUCUGCAGUUGACGCCACCUCAGAGACCCGUUCGAAAUGUUAAGGAUUUUACCCCCCCGGACCCUAGCCUCAAACUCCCUCCCCUGCAGACCACUACUGUUUCUUCUCAGCCGGGAGCUAUGACCCCGAUGACUCCUUUUGCACGGGACGGUUCUACCCUCGAAGCCACGGUCAUGACGAUCCCCUUCCUCAAUAAGAUCAAGGUCCUUGCUAAGAUAUCGCCUCCUCUCGCCCCCCCAUACCACGGCAACGCGGCACCCCGGCGGGGAGCCGUGAUUGCGGUGGAUGGGCAGGAUCCAGCUUUGGUCAAGACAAUGGUUGACCAUCUCAACAACACCCUGCAGAAGGAAGGUAGAUAUCAGACCCACACUUUCACCGGACCUGAUAUCAACCCCCGAAAGAGCUACUCCGACUCGGACCAGAUGGGAGACGCGACAGUCGACUACCUCAACAUCAUCUCCGAAUGGCACCGCAUCUCCGACAAGAUCACAAACUUUGUCAAGCCGGCGCGGGCCUCAUCCGAGCCCAAAUCCGAAAAUAAGGAACCCACGGGCGUGUCACCCCGAACGAUAGUCCCGAAGACUGCCGAAAUGCAGAUCAAUUCACCUGAACCGUCGGCGGAAAGCCGGUCGCCGUCGGUGGCUCCGACAGAAAUCAACACCAACCGGGUACCAGUUGCCCUUGUUCCUCGGUAUCAACUGACCACUGCGGACGCAUUCGCAUGCUCCGUGCAGAUAGGCGACUCGUAUGCACCACUGGAUCAUUGGCAAUGGAUGGCCUCCCUCUGGCGUGCCUGCGUGGGGCCGGACAUCACAGUCUAUAUCCGGGAGUGCGAAAAGGAGGAACUGGACCGUUACGGAGGCAAUACCGUGGAGGUCCGCCUGCAGGAUGCGCGAACGAUCGUUGUGCGACGGGCGGCGUCGUCCUCCAAGGAAAUGGAGGAGAAAAUCUUGAAAAGAGUAAGCUUUGAGAUUGAGGACUUCCUGACGCAAUGA